AUGAAUAUAUUCCUAGCUUCCCCUAUCAACACCCCUAAAUAUCUUAUGACUCUUGGCUAUCAAUUGGCAACGCUCUCACAACCUAAAAUCGAAAAUACUGCUUGAGGGACACCAUUUGGAGCACAAAACUAUACUAUAAAAAUUGAUUCAGCAUGUUGUGCAUGCGAAUUAGAUUAUUCUUAUUUUCAAAAGAAGACUGCCAUCAGUCUAGAGCAUUCAGAUAAUGUUAUCAACAGUCAAACUGAUUCGCAACAACUCUUGGAUUCACACCAGAUUGCUAAAGAUACCCGGAUCACUAGUGAAGGAGAAAUUCAAGGUAUGCCACAAAUUUUUAUCAGCACUAUUUUUCGAUACUCUAUUUUGUAAAUUUUCAAUAAAUCCUUAAUAUUUUCUGCUAUCUUUUGGAGAGCGAGGAUGAUUUUAUUUAGCUCUUCUAUAUAAUCCAAAUCUUGUGUGUCUUUAAAACCUCUUAUCAAGUCAGAAAUUUAAUUUGGGAAUUAUCAGGGAGUCUUUUUAUAAAUUAAACAUCAUUGAAUCGAAUAAAAAUUACAGCAAACAACUUCAAAAAGACUCAAGAUAAGCCUAUCCCUAAGAAUAAAAUUGCAAAAGACAUCAAGAAAAGUUUAAAACUUAAUAAAAAAACUAUAAAAUCAAUCCCAAAAUAUGGGACUGAUGUUAGGACAAAAGCGAUUCUAACUGAAACAAACACCAGAGAUGAUGUACUUCAUAAGACUAUAUUAAGAGCCUUGAAGAAAUUUUAUAGCCAUGAAUGAUCAGACAAAAGACAUAUCUUUGCGAUUUCUAAGACUCAAGAAUCUCAAAUUCUUACUAAGAUUGACAAGAUUUGCAAACUCAGAUUUUCCACCCUUUUUCCUCAAUCUCAGAUUGACGAAGCUGCUUCAUUGGAACUUUUGGCUACAGAUAAGAAGCAACUGGAUAAUUAUCCGGUCAAUGACUACUUUUUAACAAAACUCAUGGUCGCAUCCAUUUCGACUAGGAUGAUAAUGAAGAAAUAUAUAGGAAGGUAUGAAGUUAGGAAGGUUUAUAUGAAAUAUUAUAAUGUUCUUGAUAAAUACUCCUACUUAAAACUCAAAACCCUGCUGACUCUCAAGCCCUUCCAAAUUGUGCUUAAAGAGUUUUUAAGUUCAGAAGAUUUUGUAAAGAUGCUAAGUACAGACAAAACAAUGUCAAAGAACAGAGAAAUGUAUGAAGCAAAAGCUGUCAAAUUUUUAGAU